UAAAAAGAAACAUGGCUGCCGUGGUCUGGCAUUCCCGUGGACGUAACUAUGGUGCAGAGCUGCAGCGGGGUCGUACUGAGGCCGUUCCACUGGACUUUGGAGAAUACCAUCCCCUCAAACCCAUCAUGGUUACAGAUACAAAGACUCAACGUGGAACCCGCAAAGGCAGCACCUCCUCGUCUUCGUCCUCUUCUUCCUCUGCUCCCUCAGACCCCCUCAGCUCCAUGCUGGAUGGAACCGACCCCCUGUCUAUGUUUGCUGCAGCCACAGAAACUUCCGCCAUGUCCAACAUCAGCUACACAGGGGACCUUAGCAAGAAGAAAAGAGAGAAGCAAGAGGAGGCGGUGGGUUCUGAUUUUGAGCCGUGGUCAUCAAAGCGAGGAGAAAUCCUGGCCAGGUUCACCACAACUGAAAAACUCUCCAUUAAUCUUUUUAUGGGCUCUGACCAAGGAAAAGCUCCUAAUCCAGGAUCUGUUUCUGAGAAAGUUCGCACUCGCCUGGAGGAGCUGGACGAUCUGGAGGAGGGUUCCCAGAGAGAGCUGCUGAACCUCUCCCAGCAGGAUUACGCCAACCGCAUCGAGGAGCUCAACCAGUCACUGAAGGAGGCCUGGGCCUCUGAUCAGAAGGUCAAGGCCCUGAAAAUAGUCAUCCAGUGCUCCAAGCUUCUAUCUGACACCUCUGUGAUCCAGUUCUACCCCAGCAAGUUUGUCCUCAUCACUGACAUACUUGACACCUUUGGUCACCUGGUUUAUGACAGAAUCUGGACCAUGUGUUCAGACCCGAGACCCCUGUCAGACUCCUUCAUGCUUGAAGAUGUGAACGACACGGCAAAAGAGACGUGCCUUAACUGGUUCUUUAAGAUCGCCUCCAUCAGAGAACUGCUUCCCAGACUAUAUGUUGAAGCGGCCAUCCUUAAGUGCAACCGUUUCCUCAACACCUCUGGAAUCCAGGAGACUCUUCUUCGCCUGACAGCCAUGAUCAGAGGGGUUGGAGAUCCUCUUGUUGCUGCUUACGCCAGAGCUUAUCUCUGCAGGGUGGGCAUGGAGGUGGCCCCUCAUUUGAAAGAGAGCCUGAACAAGAACUUUUUUGACCUGCUCACCACUUUCCAGCAGAUAAGUUGUGAAAGUGUCCAGAAGCAUCUGGUUGUGCAGAGGGUGGAGGUGCCAGAGUACCUGACCCUGUACUCUCCUGCCAUCAGCUGGAUCCUGCAGUGCAUCGCCUACAGAGCUGCAGAGUCACUUCUCACAGAGAUGAUGGAGCGAUGCAAGACGCUAGCUAAUAAUGCCUUGCUCCUGAAUUCAGUCAUGAGGGCGUUCAGACCAGAGUUUGUUGCAACCAGAGCCACUGACUUCAUCAGUAUGAUAAAAGACUGUGAUGAGUCUGGUUUCCCAAAGCAUCUACUGUUUGGCUCUCUGGGCCGUAGUCUGGCCUGUGCAGACCCUCCAGAGCCCGAGAGGCUGACGAUCCUGAAUGAAGCUUGGAAAGUCAUCACCAAAGUUCGCAAUCCUCAGGAUUACAUCAACUGUGCUGAGAUCUGGGUGGAGUUCACCUGCCGACACUUCACCAAACGAGAAGUGAACACAGUCCUAGCUGACAUCAUCAAACACAUGACUCCGGACCGAGCAUUCGAAGAUGCCUACCCUCAGCUGCAGUCAGUGAUCAGAAAGAUCCUCGCCUACUUCCAUGACUUCUCCGUCCUCUUCUCCAUGGAGCGUUUCCUGCCGUUCCUCGACAUGUUCCAGAAGGACAGCGUGAGGGUGGAGGUCUGCAAGUCCAUCAUGGAGGUCUUCAUCAAACAUCAGGUGGAGGUCACCAGAGACCCUGUCAUCCUCAACGCCAUGCUUCACAUCUGUAAAGCUAUGCACGACUCAGUGAACGCUCUGACUCUUGAGGAUGAGAAAAGAUCUAUGUCUCUGCUCAUCGUUGGCUUCAUCCGCAUGGUUUCGUUUGGUCGGGAUUUUGAGCAGCAGCUGAGUUUCUGCGUGGAGGCCAGAGCGACCUUCUGUAAUCUGGAGCCGGUUCUGGUGCAGCUAAUCCACACGGUGAACCAGCUGGCCAUGGAGACCAGGAGGGUGAUGAGAGGAAGCCACUCCCGCAAAACAGCAGCGUUUGUCAGAGCAUGUGCUGCUUACAGUUUCAUCACCAUCCCGUCUCUCAGCAGCAUCUUCAAUCGGCUCAGCCUCUACCUGCUGUCUGGUCAGGCUGCACUGGCAAACCAGUGCCUUUCCCAAGCGGAUGCAUUCCUGAAGGCAGCAGUCAGUGUUCUUCCAGAUGUUCCUCGCUUCAUCAGCAUCGAGGGGAAACUUCGCUCCUCUGAGAGUUUCCUGCUGGACUUCAUCAAUAACUUCUUGGCCACACUGCUGGUGAUCCCGGACCAUCCAGAGCACGGGGUGCUUUACUUGGUGCGUGGGCUGCUCAACAUGGUGCAGGAUUACACCUGGGAAGAUAACAGUGAUGCUAAAGUGCGCGUUUAUAUCAGUGCUCUGCCGCUGCUGGCUGCCAUGAGCCAGGAAACAUAUCUCUAUUCCAUCCCCAACAUGGACUCCAAUGAGACAUUAUAUGGGGGGGACCCAAAGUUUCUGUCAGAGAUCAACAAACUGUGCGAGACUCUGAUUGGACAGAUUCUGGACCAUCUGAAGACGCUCACUCGGGACGAGCAAAGCCUCCGACGUCAGAGCGCCCUGGCCUUCUCCCUGUUCAGCAUCCUGUUGGCUCACAGUGAUCUGAGGAACAACAAGCUGAGUCAACUGGCCAUCAACCUGUGGAACCUCAGCCACAAACAUGGGCACUGUGAGACCCGGGUCUCUGUUCAGACUCUGGAGCACAUCAAACUUCAAGCUCAGCUGCCCGACAUGGUUCACCUGUCAGAUACAGUCCAACGACUCGCUCUGCAGUCUCGCACCUGAACCACAGAGACUCCAACGCUGUUCAAGGAAAUUCUCAGAAGAAUUGCACGAAAAACAAAGAAGGAGCUUGAAGACACUUUGAAUAUUGUAUGAAGCAAACACUCCUCAGAUUGCUCAAGGUGUUUUCCUGUCAGUCAGAUCCUCUGGGUUUGUUUUCAAGAAGCACAAUAUUGUUGAACUUUUUCCAGCUGGAGUUUAUUGUAUUAAGAUGUGGAAAUACAAAAGCCUCCAGUUCAGUUGUCCAAACUAAGCAGCCUUUAGGUUGAGCAUCACGUUAACACUUUAUCCAGCCUUUCUAAAUCAAAACCUGCUGCUCAACAAAAACGGAUCAAUGGGUCCAGUUUCUGUAAAAUGUGACAAAAACAAACUUCUCUUUAAUGUUUGGUGAUGAAACGAGUUGGCAGACUGAGCCUGACUUCAUCAACUGUUUGUAAAGUGUUUGUUCUGUGUUUGUCCCAGUUUGGUCUAGAAACAUGUUUCCUGCAGCAGAACACUCAUAAAUACACACAAGUAUUUUUUCUGUUCAUCUAACA